AUGGCCAACCUCCUCUCACUCACUGGGUCUUUCGAGGCUACAGACCCUCGUGAUAAGAUAUUUGGCUUGCUGGGCUUGCUUCCUCCGAACAGUGCGGAGCGUUCAAAGUUUAGGCCCGAUUAUACAGCUAACACUCGGAGACUGUUCAUCCAAACUGCGAAGCAUUUCAUUAACACCACGCAGAAGCUCGAUGUGAUCACGGCACGACCACCUCUGCCAGAUUAUGAAGGGCUCCAGUCCCAAAAUGCGGACACGCCAUCAUGGGUUGCCGACUGGAGCAUACCGCAAUACUGGCCACUCAACUCGAUAUGGGUCAGUGAUUUUUCAGAGCUUUCAACCCUGCAUCUCUAUAUGAAACACCCUGGUGGGAAACACGAACACGGCCCAGGUAUAACAGGGGAACACUACACAGCAGGAGACACCCUGCAGGUCUUCAAUGCGAGUUAUUACGACAAGUCGCCGUUUCCCUUCCAUUUCUCAGGUUUCGAUGAGGUCCUACAAGCUCAGGGCAUUACCGUCGACACCAUUGAAGAAGUAGGCUAUCCGUGGGACUUGGAUGUGCCACCAGGCCAAUAUACAGGUCAUGUGGAGAGACAUAUCCCACAGGAAAUGGCCCAUCAAAGACAAAAUACGAUCAUUGAAAGUUGGAAGUCUGUUAGUAGAGUAAGAGAUGAAGACACAUAUCAUCAUAGCAGGCAGUCACGCGCGGAAGCAUUCUGGCGGACAAUAUUCCUAGACCGGGAGCGUGCUCUCCGUGGAUCUAACAGCUUUUUCUCCAUUAACCGAAUCCCAGCCAAACUUCCCGCCACCCCCAAGAGAGAUGCUGAUGCUUCAUCAAUUCGUUUUGACGGGAUUAGGAUAGGAUUUCCACCUAACGGUGCGGAAGGCGAGGAGGAGUUCCUCGGGUAUCUCCAGCAUGAGAUCAAUGAAACGUGGUCAUUUGCGAGAUUGAAUCUGCACUGUAGCAAUUUACGUAUGUUCCGAACAACGCAGGGGUAUUUAGGGUUAUCCCAUCCGAACACCAAAUCUGGUGACAAGGUUGUCGUUCUUUUGGGGGCGCCAGUUCCAAUGGUUCUACGGGAGUACAACGAAGGAUAUAUUCUAAUAGGGCAAAGUUAUGUUCAUGGCAUCAUGGAUGGGGAGAUUAUCCAGGCUGAGAUAAACAAAGGUCGAGGGCGUGAGCCUGAACACUUUGAAUUAUUUCACAUUAUUUAG